UUUUUGUUGUUGUCGUUGUGGUGGUGUUCAAUAGCGGGUUGCUUGGACGGACUAUCUUUUGGCUCAGAUGCGAUUUGUUUAUUUAUCCAGUUGACAGUUCUUGGAAACUCGUCACGGUGUGCACAUUAAAAACUCGGAUGAUGCUCCUCUUUCGGAUAUUGUUAACGACAUCAACGGAGACGAAAACCAAACAAAAAAAUUAAAUCGAACGUAUUUAACACUGCCAUCGCCUGCAGUACGGCCGUAGUAACAUUACAUCAAUAAUACAAUAAACAACUUAAAAGAUCUCUUUAACGGCUCGUGUAUCAUUCGAACGGAUUUGGACACAUUGUUCGAAAUGUCAGCGGAAGAUUACACCAACUGGAUUAAAGUGCAUAAAUAAUAAAAAAAAAUAAAAAUUAAGAGUCCUUAAGGAAAAAAAAAUAAUUAUAAUAUUGUUGACAACACGUGCAAAAAUACAAUAAUUUGUUGUCUUUUUUAUAAACAUAAAAGUGAAAUUUGUAAGAAACGAAAUAAAAAUCUAUAUUUUUGGAGCACAUUAAGGAUUUCAUUAAGAAAAAAGAAUAAAUCAUAAAAAAAAGAAAUUGAAAGAAUUAUUUAAAUUAAAUUGUUAUUUAUACUAACUCACAGCAGUUAAUUGUUGACACAUUGACAAUGUUUCACGUAGUGACCAUCCUUGGAUUAUUAUGUUUAGCUCUGUGUAGCCUUGUCCAGGGCCAUCUCAAUGUUUAUCUAAAUUUGCACGAGGUUAUGCGUCUAAUAGGUGUUUCUGCUGAAUUAUACUAUGUACGCGAAGGCCAAGUCAACGAUUACGCUCUAAACUUUGCCGUACCGGUGCCGGCAAACAUUAAUGAAAUAUCGUUUACAUGGCAGAGCCUGGCACAUAAUCCUCUGGCCUACAGCCUCAACAUAAUCACUUCGGAUCCGUCUGUGUUGCCGCGGCCAACGGUGAACAUUUCACGUAUUGGUGAAAUACCCCUGGAACCGCAGACAUUCGCCAUUGGCAUGAAGUGCUCCGGCUUACGAGAUGCCGAAGUUGAAGUGACCAUUUCAGUUGAAAUAAUAUUGGAUCAUCGGACGAACAACGUAACGGAUUUAGUAUUUAGACGUAAGAAAAUUUGUCUAGCCGGUCUGCAGGAGGACGGCAGCCACAACGAACCACACCAGAGCGUCGAGCAUAACGGUGGUGGGGUGCCAGGCCCUGGCCUGUCUUCGGGUGUGGGUGAUGGCUUUAUGCAUGACACAUCGUCUGUGGUUGACAACUCACGCCCGGAGGAACACUCCUCAGAGGAUGGCAUCAACAAUCACCAUUUGAGUGACAACAGUGUCAAUGGCGGUGGUAUCUCAUUCGGAGGUGGUGGUGGAAUACUGCAUGAAUUUGAUCCCAUGCUCAAGGAGACAAUAGCACCGCCAACUGGUGGUUUAAUAACUUUAAUAAUUGGUGUUGUUUUGGCGCUAAUCCUUGUGACAACCUUAAUCUUAAUUGCUUAUUGUGCCAAGGGGCCAACGAAGCGGCCAAACCAUCACGGCGUUCAUCUUAUAAAAACAGCCAGCUUUCAGCGUUUACCCACCAUAUCGUCGACCGCCCACAAUUCUAUUUAUGCUUGUCCAUCCACCAUAACCCCCACAUACGCCACAUUGACUCGCCCCUUCCGUGAGUAUGAACACGAACCGGAGGAAUUUAGUCGUCGCCUCCACGAGCUGAACGUUCAAAAAUGCCGUGUUCGUCUUUCGCGUUUGCUGCAGGAGGGCACCUAUGGUCGCAUCUAUCGCGGUACCUAUAAUGACUGCCAGGAAGUUUUGGUGAAGACAGUUGCACAGCAUGCUAAUCAGAUGCAAGUGACAUUGCUCCUGCAAGAGGGUAUGAUGUUGUACGAAGCUUCGCACCCGAAUGUCCUGUCCAUCCUGGGAGUUUCAAUUGAGGAUUACACCACACCGUUUGUGUUGUAUGCCGCUGCCAGUAAUUCACGCAACUUGAAAUUAUUUCUCCAAGAACCCGCUUAUGCUCGCAGUGUGACGACAAUUCAGACAGUACUUAUGUCAUCGCAGUUGGCAAUGGCCAUGGAACAUCUGCAUAAUCACGGUGUAAUACACAAAGAUAUAGCGGCUAGAAAUUGUGUUAUUGAUGACCAGCUGCGUGUGAAACUUUGUGAUAGCUCUUUGAGCCGUGACUUGUUCCCUGGUGAUUAUCAUUGCCUUGGUGAUGGUGAGAAUCGACCCAUCAAAUGGAUGUCCCUCGAAGCAAUUCAAAAGAAACACUUUAACGAGGGCAGCGAUGUUUGGUCUUUCGGGGUUCUAAUGUGGGAAAUGUGUACAUUAGCAAAAAUGCCUUAUGCCGAAAUUGACCCCUAUGAAAUGGAGCAUUAUCUCAAGGAUGGUUACAGACUUGCGCAACCUUUUAAUUGUCCUGACGAAUUAUUCACAAUUAUGGCCUACUGUUGGGCUUCCCUACCUACGGAAAGACCCUCAUUUAGCCAACUACAAGUCUGUUUAUCGGAAUUCCACACACAAAUUACACGUUAUGUGUAAAUCGUUGCGUUCUUAUUUCGACUACUCUGUAAAUAUACAAUUUAGAAAUUAGGAAAUCAAUCCGGAGUCGGCAACAAGCUUACGUGCCGCCGACAACAUCAUCCAAAAAACAAAACAAAAGUAAUUUAUUUUUGUAGUUUGUAGAUAGUACAUAACUUCCCAAGUCCCGUCCCAAUAUCCUAUCAACAUUUACACGCAUUCAAUUUUUAUAGUUUGAUACAAUGUCAAUACAGUUGCCAAUGAUACAAUGAAGUCGUCAUGCCAAUCUGAACCAUAUGCAACAAGUCUCAUUCCUAUGAAACUGUAAAUAUAAAAAUAAUAACUUUCCAAAAUGGGUUCACAAAGCCUUCCUCUAUGCAUUUAAGUAACAUGCAUGCGUUAUGGCCAUUUGAGACAUUUUCAUUUCAAUUUCCAUUACCUUCUCAGGUGUAGUUUCUUCCUUCGUCUGUCCUAAGAUGUCUGUAGCACUACAAUAUUGUUUGUAAGUCCGUCAGCUUACAUACCAAUUGUCUUCUAAUGUUGUUGACGCCUUGUCGUCUACAUUUGUGUUAAUUAUUAUAAGUAUGUAUAAUUUAUAUUAAAUUAGGUAUAAACAAUUAUAUUUAAGUUAAAUGUAUCCCUCCUUGUAAAGAACAAAGAACAAAUCAACAAACAUAUGAGAAAGUAAUAAAAAUAAAUAAAAUUAAUUUAACAUUUUAACGUCCGAAAAUAUAA